AUGCCUCCUCCCCCUCCUCCCCCUCCGCCGCCGCCUCCCGGAGGAUUCGGUGGCCCUCCCCCACCACCUCCGGCAGCUUUACCGUCCAGACCAUCGAAAAGCGAAGUAAAAGGCAGAGGCGCUCUACUGUCUGAUAUUCACAAAGGUGCUAAAUUGAAGAAAGCCACUACCAAUGAUCGAUCAGCGCCUAUUAUUGGAAAUACUGGAGGCAGUUCAGCUGCACCGCCUAUGGGAUCUGCACCGCCAGUUCCAGGCAUAAGACCACCUCCCGUAGGACUUGCACCGCCUGUCCCGUCUGGGCCUGCCGCCAAUAGAUUACGAAGCAACAGUGAAGGAGUAUCUGGCUUGGGCUCCGGUGGAGCUUCUGACUCUCCAGCACCGCAUUUAGGUGGUCUAUUUGCGGGUGGCAUGCCAAAAUUGCGCAGUCGUGGCGGUGUCAAUACAGGUGCCAACCGACAAGACUCUCCAUAUUUAUCUGACUCCGAGGCUUCCCGUCCGGCGCCUGCUGCACCACCACCUCCUCCACCCCCAGGAGCCCCUCGUUUACCUGGGAUACGGCCGCCGCCGCCUCCUCCAUCUUCAGAUUCACCGCUUGCGCCACCUGUGAACCCAUUAGUGGCAAGUCUGAAGAAGGCUCCCCCGAAACCUGGUUCACGGCCAUCCUCUACUCUCUCUUCACCAAGUACCCGCUCCGCUCCUGAGAGCCCUCCUCCUCGUGCUCCCCCGCCACCUCCUGCGGUUGCCCGGGCACCCCCACCCCCGGUGUCUCGAAAGCCAUCUGCACCUCCACCGCCUCCUCCGUCUGCGCCUCCUCCAACCUCAUUACGGGCUCCACCUCCCCCUCCCGCAGCUCCUGGGCGCUCAUUUGCUCCCCCACCGCCACCUGGAGCUCCUCCAUCAAUCGCAACCCAGGCUGCCCGCAGUGCUCUUGGACACCCACCGGCUGCAGCCCCGGCAGCUCCUCCUCCACCUCCGCCAGUUUCUCCUCCAAGCGCUCCUCCCCCGCCCCCGAGUGAGCCAUCGCCAUCGCCAUUCCGCCCAUCGCCUAUUCCAUCCCCUUCACCAAUGAACCCUAGUGCCUAUACUCUCAGUAAUGGCGGCUCACCCGCUGCACCCGCCCACAGCCAACCUACAAAUGGCCAUCUACACAUAGUGGACCCCCGCUUCAAGUUCCCAGGCGAUGCAAUGCUUCCGGCACCUCGGAGGUUUGCCAGAACUCUCCCGGUCAAGUAUCGUGCCGGGAAAAUCAGCAGUGUGCCGUAUCAUCUUAAGUGA